CCACGGCACAAUUGGAUUCAGGGCAGCCAAGGGCAGCCAAAGGCCUCGCGCACGCGUAGCGACCGGUGCGGAGGCAGCCCUCGCGCGACCGCACACCAAAAGAACCGCUGCAAGCCACGCCUGUGGUAGCACCAGCCGACAGGCUGCACAGCUGUCGCCGCACAAAAGCUCCGAGCUCGCCUCUCGCUCGUUAAACACGGCCGAAUUUCAGAAAUGGCCGCCGAGGAGAAGUCUACCGAGCCGGAGCCGAGCCUCGUCGAUUCAUUGACGGACCUGCCGCAGCAGGCGUGGAGGUCCGUCGUAGAUACGCUAGACGAGCGCACGGGCCUACCGAAAUACCCCAUCCUGCGCUACGUCUCGGACGGCGCCGACGCGCCGCCGCCGCCCAACUACAUCCGCGAGCAACCCAUGGGCUUCGCGCCCGUCCGCGAAAAUGAUGAUGAAUCAUUGCCGAAGUCCUACGAGGACGCGGUCGCGAUGACGGAGUUCGUCUGCGAAUUUGUCGAUUUACUGACGAAGCGCGGCCUGCGCGUGCGGCAUUCUGGUGCCUCUUGUAUUCUGAGGUUGUCGCGUUCUUGUCGGGACGUGUCCUUCGCGGGUCAGUCGUUCGCGCUCGCGGACGCGACGGUGAAGAACGGCUUUGCUGAGAAUGAAUUCGUUUUUGAGGUCGGGGAUCAGGCAUACGCCUUCGAGACUUAUGAUGGAGCGACGCGCGAGCUCGUCGUCGACGGCCUUCGCUUAUUGGUAGAGAGGGCCGUGAGCGACUUCUUCACGUCGGACGAGUUCCGCGUGCGGCGGGCGCGGCGGCGGGCGGCUGCUAGUAGUAAUACAACAACACGUUAGUUUUUUUUUCAUUUUGCUCGGCGGCGUGGGUAU